CUAAUAAUUUAAAAAGUUUUAAACAAAUCAAUGAUGUUUAAAGUACGGCAUAAAUAACGGACUGUAACUUAUGUAGUUGUGUGACUUGUGGCAGAUUAAACCAGUCUUUAUUAGAUAUCAUUAAAAUCUUAUGGAUACAAUAAACAGUAUGCACCAGGGAUUUAAGAUUGUUUAUGAAUUGUUUUAAUUGUCAAUAUCUAUUGUUUGAAUGGGAUAUAUAAAGAUAUAAAGGUAACUAAAUAUGGAGAUAUUAUUGAUGUUUCAAGCUACGUUCCUUCUUUCAUGUAUGGUUUUAAACACAGGUGCGGAACUUUCUCUUAGUGUUAUUAGCCCUCUUGGUGAAUCAACAAUAAAUGAUCUUGAUAUACCCACGGACUUUGAGUGCAAUGCCGAAAUCACUUUGUUAUGUGAAAUUAAACCAUAUAAAGACGCCGUGACUUGGCAAAUAAAUGGGGAAACAUACGCAGUAUGCAUUUUCCAGAACUGUGUCACCUACCCACCCUUUCCAGAAAACCACAUUUUUGCUAUGGACGUGGCAAGCGGAGUUUUCAAUUUAACUGUGGAUCCGGUUACCAAUUCCACAAACUACAAUAUUUACAAAUGCGAUGAUGGCAUUACUGCAAGAUCAGUUGAAGCACAAGUGAAAGUAUACCUUAACAAUGAGACUUUAACAAUGGAUAUAACUGCUGAAGAUCGAAUUACAGUAACAACUGGAUGUGUCUAUCCGAAUGGAAUUGAAAAUGUAACAUUUGAAUGGUACAUAUCUAAGUAUACCACAACUCUAGAGCUAGAGCCAUUUACAUCAAUAAAGAAUGAAAGCACAGUAAUUUUUGAUUGUACAGAAACGUCAAGUUGCACAGCAUCACAUUUCAACAACACUGUGGUAUUUGAUGUUUUCGAUGAUGGGGAAGAGUAUUAUAUGUAUGUUAUCGUUAAGCACAACGAUGUCCAAAAUAGACCCUUUGCAGUACAAUCUACUGGAAGACGUUAUAAAGUCAAGGUCAAGGGUUGGACAUUUUCUCAUAGUGAGUGUUCAGUAUGA